GCCUUUUGUUUGUUAUUUAACAAGAGAGAACGCAGAUCCUCGACGAGCAAAGGGAAACGUUGAAAUCCUUUUUUAAGGAGGGAAUGAAACAUGUUGGCUCACCGUUAAUUCCAAGAGCUGCAUCAGCUACUGGUUUGGAAACCUGUGUCAUAGAAAACUGGAUCGGUAACUACAAAAGGUCCAAAGCUGCUUCUGAGCCCAAAACAGACACAAGAGAACUGUCACCAUACAAUCUUUUAUGUAGGGACAUUCUCAAAAACAAAAGCACAAUGAACGAUAUUAAGGGCAAGCGGUCCACGUUAGGGAAAGACGAGAAGCAGAAAUACUUUGAAGAGGCAGAAGCACUGAGGGCAUAUGGGCAGGCACAGGACCUUAGCCCUGAGAUGAGGGAGCUCAAAAUUAAAAUGCAUCUGAAGAAGCAGAAGUUUGAGGUGUCCAGUCUUGAGGCUUUGGCUGUGGAAACGGCCAUUUUGUCAUUUGACCGCCAAAAGUCCAGCUUAGAGGUGUCUGAACUGAGCAGCAAAGAAGCCACUGACUUCCUUGACUCAACGGACACAACAGUCACCAACUUUUCACUGCAUUUCAGAGCCAGCUCCUCAGCCGCAACACCCAGUACCAAAGAUGAAGUCAGUGUGCUGUAAAAAGUGCAGGAUCUAUUCAACCAAAAAUAUAAGGAGGCUGGAGGUGUUGGAAGGCUCCCCUACCGGUCCCUGGUGAAUCAAAGGGUGACCAUAAAUGUUGCUGGGCUGCCCAAUGGUCUUACCCUCAAGAAGCCAUCCUUUUAUGGAGCCAUUUUAAAAGCUGCUGAGCAUAUUUCAUUUGAAAUAAAUGCAGCACAAUGCCACCCCACUGACACAGCAGAGGGAAGUUCAGAACACAUCAACGCAGAAUACACAGCAGAUGACCUCCAGACGAAGUCGGUGGAAGAGAUAUUAGAGGCCAUGUGUGAAAAUGGUGCACAGCAGAUGGAAGAGGAAUCCUCAGAAACAACCAGUAAUGUAGCCGUGCUGAUGACUGCAGAUGAAGAUCGAGGCAGUUUGCGCUGUGUCUGCCACCUCCAUUUGAUGAAGAAGAAGAACGCUACAAAGAAGUGGCGUUCAUGGUCGCAGUGCACAGUGUGCCAACUGUGGUCACACACUGCAUGUGGAUUUAAAAGCAACAUGUGUCUUCACUGCCAGUGUCAAACCUCCAUGCACACACGCUGACCUUUUGCAUCAGUGUUAGGAAACAUGUAAUGUUUACUGCUUUCCAAGGUUUAGUUUAAGUUGUUUGAGUUUUCUUACUGUGUUGACAGGCCCCACCCCCUCCCUACACACACACACACACACACACAUACGUGCACACUUCCAACACUGCACAAAUAUGUUUUUAUUAAAAAUGAAAUUUAUAUGAAUCUCGGCGCUACAUAUAUUUUCAUUCAGCCUGAUUAAGAUUCCUUUUAUUUAUUGUUGGUGUUUGUUGGCCCCGUCGAUGUGGUCCCUGUUUAAACUGUGCCAUGUGGGGAACUAAAUAAAGUUCUACUGAACU